AUGGCUCAGUCGACGUCUACGUUCACACUGUGGCUCAUUUUUCUUUACAUUUUCUCUUUCAAUGCUACAGCACAUCAAUCGCAUGCGCGCUUUCACAAAAGGUCUCAUGGACCACCAACUUGCGUCAAUCCCACCUCUCCAUUUGACUAUUCUGCAAAACCCAAACAUGAAGCACGUGCGCCUGUCUGUCCUCAUAUCGCCCCGAGGGCUCUGCAGCCAAGAGCCGAAGAAGACUUCUCAUGCUCCGAGUCUAAACCUUGCAAGAACGGAGCUUGUUGUCCCAAAGCGACUGGCUAUUGUAAUUAUGGUGAGAAAUACUGCGGUACCAAUGGACAAAGCCCCAACGAGGUUUGCUGGUCAAACUGCGACGCCAAAGCAGAAUGUGGAAGAGAUUCCAAGGUCCCUGGUGCAAAGUGCCCACUGAAUGUUUGUUGUUCAAAAUUCGGAUUUUGCGGUAUGACCGAUGAGUUCUGCGACAAAGGUACAGAAGAAGAUCCCGGAUGUCAGAGCAACUGCGAACAGCCAGGCUCUGGCGGCUCAGGUGGUGAUGUUCAAAAGAAAGUCAUCGGAUACUAUGAAGCCUGGGCCCAUGACAGAAAAUGUCAAGGAAUGGACUUCAAGGACAUUCCUACAGGCGCCCUCACUCACUUGUUCUUUUCCUUUGGAUACAUUUCCCCCGGCACUUUUGACCUUGUUCCGAUGGAUGACCUCGAUCCUGAUCUGUUCUCAAAGUUUACCGACGUUAAGAAGUCAAAUCCUGGUCUGAAAGCCGUCAUUGCGCUUGGAGGCUGGACCUUCAACGACAAUGGUACCGCAACUCAGCCAGUCUUUAGUGACAUGGUAAGCACUGCUGCUAACCGCGCCUUGUUCAUCAAAAAGCUAUUUGCAUUCAUGAGGCAGUAUGCUUUUGAUGGCGUGGACUUCGACUGGGAAUAUCCGGGUGCGACCGAUCGGGGCGGAAAACCCGAAGACGGCAAGAACUUCGUCACCUUUUUGAAAGAGCUCAACGAGGAGAAUGAUAAGCAGCUUAUGCAUUAUGUGGUCUCCUUUACCGUACCUACCAGUUUCUGGUAUCUAAGACAUUUUGAUCUGAAGGCCGUGGACUACGUCGAUUUCGUCAACGUCAUGAGCUAUGAUCUGCACGGAGUUUGGGAUGCAACCAAUCCAAUUGGCAACAACAUAUACGGGCAUUCGAAUUUGACAGAAAUCAAGCUAGCCUUUGAUCUAUUCUGGCGCAACAACAUCAAGCCGGAGAAGCUUCAUCUUGGACUGGGGUUCUAUGGGCGAAGCUUCCAAUUAUCAGACCCUUCAUGCUACAAGCCUGGCUGCAGUUUCAAGGGUGGAGCAUCUCCAGGUCCUUGUUCCGCUAACUCGGGUACUCUGACUUAUAAGGAGAUUCAGCAAAUCAUCAAACAACACAAGAUCAAGCCCUAUUACGACAAGGAUGCUCAAGUAAAGUACAUCACCUGGAACCAAGAUCAAUGGGUAUCCUAUGAUGAUAAGGAGACUUUCAAAGCCAAGAUUGAAUUUGCAAACAAGCUCGGCCUCGGCGGCCUUCUCAUUUGGGCGAUCGAUCAAGAUACAGACGACUUGGAAGCGCUCAACGCCGUCGUGUCACCAAACUCCAUCAAGGCAUUAGCGCAGACCGCAGAUGAUGCUUCUUUUUGGGAUGAUGCCACUGUACCGGAUUGUUACGUUACCGACUGCGGCGGCUCUUGCAAAGCCGGGUUCUUCAAGAUCGAACAGCAACCCUGCGGUGGUGCGAAACCAGUGACACGCCACUCCAAAGAAAAGGACAGCCAGCUGUGUUGCCCUGUUUCUAGUGCACCGGAUCCUGACAAAUGUCAUUGGCGGGGCGAAGCAGCAACCUGCAAUGGCCAUUGCCACGAUAACGAGGUACUCUUACAGAUGAACAAAUGGGGCGAUGGAAAGUAUUGUGAAGAUGGUAACAAAGCAUACUGCUGCGAGUCUCCUGCUGCCAAGGGCCACGACUGCUACUGGGCAGGCGUGGGCAAAGAUUGUAACAACGACGACGCGACAAUGACCUUUUCUGGCACUUUUAUGAGCACAGUCGCCGAUAUUGCAGAUGCCAUGUCUUUAUUCGACACCGCUCUGGUGAAAUGGCUGGAUGCAGUUGACGUUGACCUUCAAAAGCGGUACUGCUGUCCGAAAAAGGACGCAAAGAAUUGGAAGAAUUGUCGAUGGUAUGGAGAGCCCGGAUCUUGCUUUGAUAACCAUUGUCCAGUUGGGAAACAAGUGCAGCUCACCGACAGUCCAUAUGGUUUCGGUCAAUCCUGUUUUCCGCGCGUGGAAAGAACGCGAGUCUACUGCUGUGACCCCACAGACGGUAAAGAGCUAUUCCUCCCAGUUCCACUGGACAGACUGUUCAAGGAUCCUCCAACCGGUGACGAUGUAGACACGGACUUCGAACUCAACGUGGACGAUACCUUUGGCGGCCAAAGUGACAGGACCGACGAAGAUCCUUCCAAUGCCGCAUUCCAGUUCGUCGUACUGGCAUCUCCUGAAGAGCUUCAACACUCCCUUGACAAACGUGAUGGCUCUCAUUGGGAGCUAUACAACUGCGAAGGCGGAUCAAGCGAAGAGGAGCAAACCAUCCAGAUGUUCUGCACAGAUGUGUCAGAAGACAGUAAUUGCCACAAGAUUGGACUCGGACACGGUGUGCCAGGUACCAUCCUUGAGAUGCCAGCUGGCUGCGGAGCCGGUCGCUAUGCAGUGGCCAAGGCCAUGACACCUGCUGUGAACCAGACGAUUCCGCAUCAUCUACGGAAGCGAGCAUCACACAUGCCAAAGGUGUAUGAUUUGACCUUUGACUACAAUUUCAGGCGCGUCCCUCGCGAUGUUGGAGACACGCAAAUGCGGAUAGACUUUUCGAACAAGAACGACUACUGGGAUAAUGUUGUCGCGGCUGCGAGCACAAAGCGCAAGGCCAAACGCUCCUUGUCUGACUUUGGCGGCAACCACAAGAGAUGGCUUGAGGAAGAAUGGCGAGACGAUUAUCACGGAGGUGCACUCAGCCGUGAAGAGCUUCACAAGCGAUGGUUUGGAUCCGAUGUCCUAGCUUGGUUGACAAACUUGGUCAGCCCGAAGAUUGAGAAGGAAUUCACUCACGACGUCAAAGAGCAAUUCAUUGCCAAGAUCAUCGACGAUGAAGUCACCUGUGGGACAGGACCGGCAAAGUUCGAGGCCCAUGUUCUCGUACAGGCACUGACAGAUGUCGAAAUCUCCACCAGUUUUGGCUUCACGCUCAUCACCAAGCUCAAUUUCGACAAUCCAGGCGGCUCUCUUGAUCUGAGCCAGUCGUACCUCACCUUUAGCAACAAUGGUAAAAUCACUGCCGUCUUUACCCUCGAGGCCAUGAUUAAAGUCUCAUACGAGUCCGGGGAGAAGACAAUUCUUACACUGCCUUUCCCAGGCGCAACCUUCCGCGUCCCUGGCAUCGUCACCAUUGGUCCAUCUGUCCGCGUCGUCGGCGAAUUCAACGCCGGCCUCACACUCUCCGCAGAAAUCGAGACGAAAAUCGAUCUUGCAGACUGGGACGUCCGCCAAACGUAUCCCGCCGCUUCUACAGAAUAUGAGCCAAAGGCCAAUAAGGAGCUGGAUUCUGGAGAAACUGGUGACAAGAAUGGUUUGCUGGAACCUCAAUUCUAUGCUUCGGUUUUGGCUUCAGGUAAAGCCGAAGCCCAUCUCAAGGCCAUCGCCGAGUUUGGAAUUCGCUUUGAUGACAGCUGGAAGGUCGGGGCGGCGACGGCAGGUGUUGUUGCUGAUGGCUAUGUCCGCAUGGAGGUGGGAGCUGGCAAGAGCACUGAAGCAUCAUGCCCGUGGACAUAUGGCUUUUAUGUCGGUGCCAAGUUGUACGCACAAGUGGAUACCCCUUCAGCAUUCGGAUGGGGUAAGAAAACCUGGGAUCUUCCGGGCUCUGGUGAGGUCGGUCUUCCCGAGGGUGGCUCUUGUCCCGACCUUCGAACAGGGCAGCCGACCAAGCGUAGCCUCCAAUCGAUUGGUAGUAGGCAUCCGUUAUACGACGUGAAUGGGUACUCGGGCACUUCUGAUAACGAAACAUUCUCCCAUCGACUUGGUAAACGCGUCACGCCGUGGGGUCCACCAUUCCACAUUCCGCUGCAGGAUCUGCUGUGCCCAAGCCCCGAGGGCAGUGCUGAUAACACGGGCACUGCAUGCAGUGAGCUCUCUCAUGUGGUCGGAAGUGACUCAUUGUCCAAGCGUGCGACUGGCGAUAGGACUUUGCACCACUUCGAGGCCCGAUCAGUCGACCACAAGGACCAAGACUUUUGCGACAAAGACGGUGGCAAGAUGAGUAUUCGGAGCUCAAACUUCCAUACCUCUGGUACAAUUCUUGGUGUAAGUAACAUUCAUGGGGCUUCGAGGGCAUUGAGACCCGUGCGAGGCCCAAAGGUCUACAUUGCUCAUGUCGCUAACUUUCACGUCAACCAGGUACUUCCAAACACACUUACCUAUGGCUACAGCAACUAUAACGACUGCCUCGACUUUGGAUUCGGCCAAAUCGCCACACCCACAGACACGACCAAGUUCGCCACCGAGCACAUUCUCGAAUUCCAAAUGGUCAAGAACUUCUUCAACACAAUCGCCAGAGGGUCGCAAAAUGUCAAAUGCUACAAUAUCCAGACAAACAUCAACAUGUGCAAAUGCAUCAAGAGUUUCUGGUUCGCCGCCAAGGUCGCCGACCGAGUCACCAUCAACGGCCUCUCCAAGGACGCCAUCAACUGGGUCGGCGCCGUCUUCCCCAGCCACGAAAACGCGUGGGGCAACGAACUGGUGCUGCUCGACGCCGAAGUCAACAACCUCAAAGAAGGCUUCUGGGGCGUCUCCGUGGCCCGCAAUGCCGACACCCUAGACACCUACACCGGCGACGGCACCAAGGCCUUCAAAUACGUCAAAGACAGCAUCGCCGCAAUCCGCUACCACAUCGACCCGACCAUCCGGGCGCGCUUGAUCGCCCAAAAGGAUCGCGUCGGCAAUAUGCUAAACGAGCUCGAGACUAUACAUCUCCCGCGCAUCACAAAGACCAUAGGCAACCAGCAGGUCACGUGGGCUAGUCUGGGCUUGCAGGCCAAGUGGAACACGUAUAUGCGGACGCAGAAUGCACAGGCUAUUACCACGAGCUAUACGCUCGUGGAGAAGUACCUGGCCAAGCUGGUGGAUGGGUAUACGACGCCUGCGCAACGAGAUGCGGCGAAUCGGGGGACACCGGACGCGGAUAUUUUGAAGGGAUUGAUUCAGAAGAUUGAUGCGUUGAACAAUGACUGGACGAAUAAUAGGCCGGUUUGGAACAAUCCUUUUUAG